AAAAGGUUAUUGACAAUUUGUCCCUUUUCUUGAAAUUAUUCAGCUUGUGAACUCAUAAGUCCUGUACCUCAUUAGACAAAGAAAGGACCAUGGUAAUUCUUCAGGUUGUUGCUAUGGUUACCAGAAUCCAGUGCUCCAAUGUGGACAUUCCGGAAGAGGGCAAGGAAGAGCUGAGAUGGCUUGCUUCAACUUGUAUCUUUUGGGAUAUCAAAAUUCCUUUCGGAGCAAGAAAAGGGAUACAACUGAAAAAACAACCCAGAAGGAGUCAAUGCCCACUAAGCUUCCGCCUAUUACCACUGAAAAUGGGAAUUAUUCUGUGCACCAGAAUAGCCACAUGAGAUACCAUGAAGCUGUACAGAAGGUGUUGCUGAAGACAUUCCCCAAUCAGGUCUACAGAGUCCCUCUGACUGAUGCUCAGAACUUCAGCUUCUGGUGGUCACAUGACCCAGGAGUGAGACCAGAAGAAGCUAUGCCUUGGAUUCGGAUUCCACGCCACUGCCUCAUUAAGAGCCCAAUGACCAGGUUAGGCUGAGAAGGGUCAGGGUGGGGACACCAACAGAAAUACCCUUCUCUUUACUGAAACCCUUCAGACCAGCUUCAGCUUCACUCACAACGGGGGAAUAAGAGAGGUUUGGGUCUUACUAGGAAAGCUGGGCCUGGAACCUGGACAGUAUAAAGAGUGCAUUAUUGAGUUAAAAAUGUGUCACUGGUUUUCACCUCUGAGCCAGGCCCAACACCAAUGUCCAUAGCACUCCUGCUGGAGCCAAGGAUGUUUCUGCUCUCUUCAUCUCUGUCAUUCCACCACUUCCAACCACCACCCCAUUGGCAGUAGUCCUAUGUCAUCAGUACUGAUUCCCCCAUUCUAUCCCCAGACAAUCUUGGGGAAUAUUAUGAAGGGUGCCCCCAAAUGCAUACCUCCUCCUGCAUGGCCUGGCUGAACCUGAAAUGCUUUUUCUCCAUUUCAGAUUUAUGGAGCAUUCUAUUCUCAACGACAGAACCUUCAGUCUAUAUUGAGGAGGAUGUGCUUGCAGGAGGACAAGAUGGAGCAUGGAAGGAACAGUGACUGAGUAGUGGGGAGAGGGCUCCACAAAGCAGAGUAAAAGAUGGGACUAGAUGCAACUUGUGUACACUGGGGGUCAGGAACAGGGAAAUACCCCAUUGCUCUGAUUCCUGUGAAAGCAGGCGUAGGAGCUUCCUGAGAAGGUCAAGCCUUGGUAUGAGAGGUCUGGAGGGACCAAAGUGCUGGAAAGAACACAGGAGUCAGAGUAACACACCUGGGAAAAUACAAUGGCCCCUGCCAUGCGGAAGAGCUUAGAGCAGUCACUUCUCCCAAGGGACUGGAG